GGCCCCUGAGGGCCCCGGGUCUGGCGCACGGCCGCGGGCUCCGCAGAGGGCCCCGCGAUGACCGCGCCGAGCCGCGGCGAGCCUGUCGAGGCGGGCAGCAAGGAACACAUGCAUGGAAAGAUGACACCUCUAAAGAGCUCCAUGCCCUGCACAGAGGAAUCAGAACAGGUCCAGGAGCCCCCAGAGAGCAGUCUGCACUGGUCGGAAGGCUUGAGGGCUGAAGACAUAAAGAAGUAUGGCCGGGAAGGGACACUAAUGAGCAAAUACAACCAGCAGUACCACAAGCUGUUUAAAGACAUCCCCUUGGAGGAGAUGGUUCUCAAAGUGUGUUCCUGUGCCCUCCAGAGAGACCUCCUUCUCCACGGCCGGCUCUACAUCUCCCCCAACUGGCUUUGCUUCCAUGCCAGCCUCUUUGGCAAGGAUAUCAAGGUGGUCAUUCCUGUGGUAUCUGUGCAACUGAUCAAAAAACACAAGAUGGCGCGGCUCCUUCCCAACGGACUGGCUAUUACCACCAACACCAGCCAGAAGUAUGUCUUUGUGUCUCUGCUCUCCCGGGACAGUGUAUAUGACCUGCUGAGGAGGGUCUGCACUCAUCUACAGCCAUCCAGCAAGAAGAGCCUGAGCGUAAGGAAAUUCCCAGAGGAAGCUGAGUGCGCGUCCCCGGACGUGCUUACCCCUGAGAUAAAGUGGAGAAAAGUACGCCCCGCCUCCCCAUCCCUGUCACUCCCAGAUGGCAUCUCCUGCAUCUCUCGGACACCCACAGACUCCACAGAGAGCUGCUUCCCCUCUAGGAAGCUGCCAGCGACCGAGACCGUCUGUGAGGAAGAUGUCCUGGAGGAAGAGUCCACCGCGGAACAGGAACUGAGGCUGUGGGAUUCCCGGCUCCUCAAAGUCAUCUUUGUGAUGUAACAGCCACGUGGUCUUCAUCCCCAUGCCUUCUUCAUGGAUGCUCUGGGCGCUGUCUCUACCAACGAUUCCUGGGGUUUAUACUGCAGCUGUGCUGGGACUGUAUGAAGGACCAUAUUCCAGACCCUUUCUCCUGCCCCUCCCCCAACACUCUCCCCCUCAAUGAGCGAUCUGAAGUACUUGUUUACAGAUUACCUGGCUCCUACAAUUUUUGGACUCAAACAAAAUGUUAGAUUUUGUGUGCGUGUGUGUGUGCGCUUUAAUCAGUUCAGGAGUUCUGUAAGCUUCAGCCUAAGUGAUGGAGAACAUACUAACUUGUUUUUUCUAAACAGUGGCUCUGGCACACCGACAGAGGCCUGGGAGCCACCUCCAGGGGCAAGGGCAUGCUUUGACACCUGGGUUGCCGCUUGCUGUCACAUGACACUGUAGUGUGCCACCUGGGGGGGGGGCGGGCAGAAGGAGGGGGAGGGUAACAGGCCCAGACUGCCUCUGUGAGUGCUGCUGCCUCCUGCCAUUCUGUGAUCUCACUCUGGCCUUGCAGAGUCCUUGUUCUGGAGCCCACAGGACUUCUCUGCAGGGCGCCAGCACGGGGCUUGGGAGAAGGCAGGGAUGUGGAGAAGAGAGCUCAUGGCAAAGAGUGCUCCAAGCUGAGCUGAGUGACCUGGGCUGGCCCUCCUGGAGCUGUCUAGCUGAACCUGGAGAUAGGCCACCUACAGGGGAGGAAUGGAUGGGGCUGAGUUAGGAGGUCCUUGUUCUGGAGCAGCCCCCUCUUUGGUAGGACAAGGGGAACCAGGACUUUGCAGUAGGGCCUAGUCCCUGUGGUCACAGACAAGCUCCACGGCCCUGGCCGUGAGUGGCAGGAAGGCAGGGACUUUGACUGAAGGGCCAGUGGUUGGUGUACUGUUGGGCAGCCUGGCUGGGCAGUGGGGUCUGGCAGUUUGGGUGCUUCCUGGCAGAGCUCGGUCUCGUUAUGCAGGACUGUAGUCGCCAGAUGGUCCACGCCACUCCAUAGGGCCCAGCGAUCAUGAAUAAGCUGUGAGUGUCAGUGGGACGGCCCAGUGCAGAGACCAGGGGAAAAGGUCUCCAUCCCCAGGGAGACGAUGGGUGGGAGACGAGGUGGGUGCACACUGAUGGCUUUGCCAUAGGCUUUCUCUAUCUACUUGUCUUCUAAAACAAAGUCUCGUUCAUCCCCUCGGGACUCUCAUCUGCUAAGACAGGGCCUUUGAAGGUUCUAGAAAAGCCUUAGGGAGGAAGCCAGGGGUAUCAAGGAAAGCCAUCAAGGCCCAGGCAGUGGGUGGGAGGUGCUAGGGAGAGGCGUUGUUUCCCCUUGUCUUGUGCCGGGGUUUUAACUGGGGGAAGAAAUCCAGGUGGAAAUUAUUGCAGAGUUGUGAUUGUCUCACUCAGGAUGAAUCCAAGAAAGGCUGGAGAGAGGGAGAACAGGUGACAGCUCCCUGAGCUCAGCUAGAGGUGCCUUUACCACCACCCUAUGCUAGUGUCAAGGGCUGAGUGAGGAACUGAGCCUUAUACAUUCUCUGUACCAAAUCCUCACAUCUCAGGUGAACCAGGGCCCGUCUGGUCCCCUCCGAGCCAAACCCUCACAUGCUGUUCUUUAAUGUCUGCCCUUCCCGCUUUAGCCACCCCAUCCCUGUCUGCCAUCACAUUUUCAGGGAAGCAACCCUUCCUGCCCCAGCGCUUUCCCUCCCUGGUCUCUGCCAAAAGGUAAGAAGACAAAUCCAUCUCCGAGGCUGAGCCAGGGUUGAGAGGUACCAAGUCACAAGUGCCUGUGCCAACGUGCUGUGGAAAGCCGUGUCUCCAACCACGGCUCAGAAAGGGCAGGCUGUGGGGUAGCUAGCCUUGGAGGUCUGCUUGGGGCCAGGGCUUUGUGUGACACAGCUGUGUGUCUCCUCUUUGUCCCGAUUCUGCUCCUUUGGAGGAGCUGUGUGUCGGCUGAGGCUGUCAUAAUCUGUGAGUAUUUCUGCAUUCCCAGUUGCGUUGGCCAACACGCCUCUGCUUCUCUGAGGGUCUGGUUCAGUAACAGUGGGCUGUCCAUCAUGGCAUUAGCCUUUGGGAUUAAAAAAAAAAUGGGUUAAAUCCUAGGUACUAAAAACAUGUUUUUUAAAAAAAUAAAAACCUUGAUUUUUCUAGUGUCCUGUGGUGAGGAAACACCCUUUUACCGUGUGUGUGUGUGUGUGUGUGUGUGUGUGUGUGUGUAUGUGUGUAUUUAAGCCAGAGGACAGCUUUGGGUGUUUUCCUCAGGCACCAUCCACUUUGAGACAGGGUCUCUUUCUCUCUCUUUGUCUGUCUGUUAUUUAACUUUAUUUUAUGUGUCUGUCUGUCUCUAUCUAUCUAUCUAUCUAUCUAUCUAUCUAUCUAUCUAUCUCUAUUGCUAUCUCUCUCUGUUUUCUCUCUCUUCCUCUCUCCCUUUCUAUCUUGAAACAUUUUAUUGAUUCUCUGUGAAUUUCACAUCAUGCAACCCAAUCCCACCAUCUCCCGGUCCCUCCAUAUCCACCCUUGCAAUCUUCCCCCCCAAAGAAAACAAAACAUAGAA